AUGGCCAUGUGGAUCCCCAGUGGCAGCAGUGACCCUGCUGUCCCUGUCACAGCACACACGAGCCACAUCUGGCCAUCGCUGCUGUCCUUCAGCACCAGGAAUUGGGGUCACAGUUGGCAGGGCAGGAAGGACCACGGCUGGUGGGGGCAGAGGGGCUGUGUGAUGAAGGAUGAGCACCCAGCGAAGAACAGCGCCCGCGACUUGAAACAGCAGAGUUCAGUGCCCACCAAGGCCAAAACGCCUCAGGCCGGGGCCAGGAGCAGCCCAGCCCGCUUUGAGGCGGCGGGUCUCCAGCGCCGAGCACUGCCCAGCAAUGCUGGCACUGCCACAGACGGCGGAGCGGAGCUGAGGAGCGCCGUGCCCCUCCGGACCCGGCAGCGCGGCGAGCGCUGCUCCGCGCUGCUGCCCUGCGACGAGAGCAGCGGCCUCUACUGCGACCGCGGCCCCGAGGACGGCGCGGCCACCGGCAUCUGCAUGGUGCUGGAGGGAGACAACUGCGUGUUUGAUGGGAUGAUCUAUCGCAACGGGGAGACGUUCCAGCCCAGCUGCAAGUACCAGUGCACCUGCCGCGACGGCCAGAUCGGCUGCCUGCCCCGCUGCAACCUGGACCUGCUGCUCCCCGGACCCGACUGCCCCUUCCCCAGGAAAGUCGAAGUCCCUGGAGAGUGCUGUGAGAAGUGGGUCUGCGAGCCUGACGAUGAAGUGAUUUUGGGAGGUUUUGCUAUGGCUGCCUACAGGCAAGAUGCCACACUUGGGAUUGAUGUAUCAGAUUCAAGUGCCAAUUGUAUUGAGCAGACAACAGAAUGGAGUGCUUGCUCCAAGAGCUGUGGAAUGGGCUUUUCCACCCGCGUCACCAACAGGAAUCAACAGUGUGAAAUGGUGAAGCAGACACGGCUUUGCAUGAUAAGACCUUGUGAAAAUGAAGAGUCAUCUGAUAAGAAAGGGAAGAAGUGUGUCCGAACGAAGAAGUCGCUGAGAGCUGUUCGCUACGAGUACAAGAACUGCACGAGCGUGCAGACGUACAGACCGCGCUUCUGCGGCCUCUGCAGCGACGGGCGCUGCUGCACCCCACACAGCACCAAAACCAUCCAGGUGGAGUUCCGCUGCCCCCAGGGCAGGGCCCUCAGAAAGCCAGUGAUGUUGAUCAACACCUGUGUCUGUCACAGCAACUGUCCUCAGGGUAACGUUGUUUUCUUCCAGCCAUUAGAUCCCACAUCCAGUGAAGCAAAAAUAUGAAUUAGGUAGCACGAAAAGUAGAAGCAGUUCAUACAAAACUUUUCCCACAAUCAGAUGAAUGUAACAAUUACAUAUAUGAAACUUCUAAAAUAUUUUUCAGAGUGGUCUUUCAAACUAGGUGCUUUUUUCCCCCCCAUAGUUUAUUAAAUACCUCAUUUUACAUUUGCACGCUCCAAAUGUCUUUUAUUCACUCUGAGGAAAUUUUUUACCUUGGACAGAGCCUUCUUUUUAUCUUGAUGGUGGCAUAAAGAUUACAAAGCCAACAGCUAGACUUUCCCCUUGACUUAAGGGGAUCAUGCAUAAAGUUUCAGUGGUGUGAGACUGGGCUUCUUGACAGUAAAUGUAUUCCUUGAGGAAUACAUGAUACUGCAUCACAUAAGCUUCCAGGCUUUUAACUUCACUUUCCAUAACGCGUAUAAACACUCCAGCAGUGUUCUUUUUUCUUUUUAAGGAAACUUGUUUCUUGAUGACAGUAAAAAUCUUACUGAUGGAAGUGUUACAUUCUUGUUACUUAUAAAGUGCCUUCUGUCAAUAUCUCUGACUCUGAGGAUUAAGAUUGCACAUAGGCCCUAAAAUGGCAUAGGUAAGAUCUCUUAUCCUGAAGCACAGCUGGUUGAUAGCUGACAGCAAUUAAAUUUCUCUUUCACUAGCAGUCUAAUCCAAAACCAGCUGAAGUCAGUGUUGUAUAAGAACUUGUUUCUAAUCCAUGUAUGUCUGUAGAUACAACUAUUUGGAUGCAAAAAUAACAGAUCUGUAAAUUUCUCUAAAAUACUAACUGUAUCAUAUGGUGCUUCAUUUCUUAGAAAGGUGUAUA